AUGGCGGAAAAGUUGAUGACCAGUCUGAUCAUUAGUUUUCUGACCGUUUGCGUUACGCUUGGGGGUGAAGUAAAGAUUGGCGCUCCUAAGGAAGAGUUUACCUUGAAACGUCUGAUGGAAGCAUCAAAUUUGUAUCACAAAAACAACAUUAACCACUUCUUCAACUCCAGAGAUUCGGGCUCGCAAGCACCAGAAUACGAUAUGGUCUACAGCAACGACAACAACGACAACAGCAACUUCAGACAUUCGGGCUCGCAAACACCAGAAUACGAUAUGGUUCACAGCAACGACACCAACGACAACAACUACGACAACAGCAGCUUCAGACAUUUUGGCUCGCAAAUACCUGAUUACGAUAUGGUUCACAGCAACGACAACAACGACAACAACUACGACAGCAGCAGCUUCAGACAUUUUGGCUCGAAAAUACCUGAUUACGAUAUGGUUCACAGCAACGACAACAACGACAACAGCAACUUCAAAAAUUCGAGCUCGCAAGCACCAGAAUACGAUAUGGUCCACAGUAACAACGAUAACGACAACAGCAGUUUCAGACAUCCGGGCUGGCAAACAUCAGAAUACGAUGUGGUACACAGCAACAACGAUAACGACAACGACAGCAAAACCAAAGAUACGGGCUCGCAAACACCACAAUACGACAUGGACGAAGGCAACAAUAACAUCUUGUACACAGAUGUAAAGGAUAUAGAUGAACGCGCAAGAAAAGAUUUUCAGCAAGCGGAUAACGACAGACGCCAGGAGAUUACCGGAAAUCCUUUUCUCACCAGCUUCCUGGGAAGUUUUCAGCCCGCUUACAACCCAGAGAAAUCAAAAACUUCGAAAAUGACACCUGAACAGCUGAACAGACAGCUGCUGAAAAUGUCGUUGCGUCAGUUCAAUGUCUUCAGUAUGAUUUGGAAAAAAAUGUUCCACUCUGUCCCAAUUGAGGAAAAGAGUCUGGAAAAGAAUGGCUACUUUGACCCUCUGGCUAGUGGAUUGAUUGGACGGAAACGAAAGGCUGUCGAGUUACAAAUGGCGGAAAAGUUGAUGACCAGUCUGAUCAUUAGUUUUCUGAGCGUUUGCGUUACGCUUGGGGGUGAAGUAAAGAUUGGCGCUCCUAAGGAAGAGUUUACCUUGAAACGUCUGAUGAAAUCAUCAAAUUUGUAUCACAAAAACAACAUUAACCACUUCUUCAACUCCAGAGAUUCGGACUCGCAAGUACCAGAAUACGAUAUGGUUCACAGCAACGACAACAACGACAACAGCAACUUCAAGAAUUCGAGCUCGCAAACACCAGAAUACGAUAUGGUUCACAGCAACGACACCAACGACAACAGCAGUUGGCAAACAUCAGAAUACGAUAUGGUACACAGCAACAACGAUAACGACAACGACAGCAAAACCAAAGAUACGGGCUCGCAAACACCUCAAUACGACAUGGACGAAGGCAACAAUAACAGCUUGUACACAGAUCUAAAGGAUAUAGAUGAACGCGCAACAAAAGAUUUCCAGCAAGCGGAUAACGACAGACGCCAGGAGAUUACCGGAAAGCCUUUUCUCACCAGCUUCCUGGGAAGUUUUCAGCCCGCUUACAACCCAGAGAAAUCAAAAACUUCGAAAAUGACACCUGAACAGCUGAACAGACAGCUGCUGAAAAUGUCGUUGCGUCAGUUCAAUGUCUUCAGUAUGAUUUGGAAAAAAAUGGUCCACUCUGUCCCAAUUGAGGAAAAGAGUCUGGGAAGGAAUGGAUACUUUGACCCUCUGGCUAGUGGAUUGAUUGGACGCAAAUAA